UUUUCUUGCGGCACUAGCUGCUUGCGGAGGAGGUCCGCCCACUGCAGCUUUCUGCAGUCUGUCUGGUUCUUGCAAAACCGACCAUCGCCCCCUCUGCUCUCAGGCCAGGGCACCCUUGCUUCUCACAGCCUUCAUCCAGGCAGCAGCCUCAACCAUCAGUCUCGCAGCCCCGCCACUACUGUGCUGUUCCACCUCUGCCCUAGCCGCUGCCUCUUCUGCUCUUCCGGUGAGUCUUCCCCUGUGAAGGUCAGGUCUUGUUAUCUUGGCGGUAGUCACCUUACGCUUGUACGGUCCUUUGAAAAAUGGCCGAGUCAUCCGACCACAAAGAACUGUUAGAAUCUAGUCAAGAAGAGGCUGGUAAUAAAGUAAUGAUGAAGAGACCCGGGGAACAACCGGAGCGCAGUGAAGAUGUCGCAGCUGGGCUUGGAGAUGAUAAAGAGAGCAGUGAGGGAGCUGCCGCAAGGGCAAGGGAAGAAGGGGAGAAAGGUGAAGAUGCUGCUGCUCAGUCCUGGGAAGGCGGGGUAAAAGAUGAAGAUACUGGUGAGGAUUCAGACACAGACCGUCCAAAAGGACUUAUUGGUUAUCUUUUAGAUACAGACUUUGUUGAAAGUCUGCCUUUGAAAGUUAAGUACCGUGUGUUAGCCCUCAAAAAACUUCAAACUAGAGUGGCAAAUCUGGAAUCCAAAUUUCUGAGGGAAUUUCAUGGCAUUGAAAGAAAGUUUGCUGAAAUGUAUCAACCCUUAUUGGAAAAAAGACGUCAGAUCAUAAAUGCAAUCUAUGAACCUACAAAAGAGGAAUGUGAAUAUAAAUCAGACUCUGAGGACUAUGAUGAUGAGAUGUAUGAUGAGGAAGAGAUGGAUGGCAAUGAGGGGGGUCUGGUACAUGAGUACAUGUAUGAGGAUGAUGGUUGUGAAGGAGAUUAUUAUGAUUAUGCUGUUGAGGAAGAUGACGAUGACGAGGAUAGUGAUGAUGACACCGAGGCUCCUGGAGAAGAGAAUAAAGAAGAACAGGAUCCUAAAGGAAUUCCUGAUUUUUGGCUGACUGUCUUAAAAAACGUUGACACACUCACUCCUUUGAUUAAGAAAUAUGAUGAGCCUAUUCUGAAGCUCCUGACAGAUAUUAAAGUGAAACUUUCAGAUCCUGGCGAGCCUCUCAGUUUCACACUAGAAUUUCACUUCAAACCCAAUGAGUAUUUUAAAAAUGAGCUGUUAACAAAGACUUAUGUGCUAAAGUCAAGGCUGGCAUAUUAUGAUCCCCAUCCCUAUAGGGGAACUGCGAUUGAGUAUUGCACAGGAUGUGAGAUAGAUUGGAAUGAAGGUAAGAAUGUCACUUUGAAAACCAUCAGGAAGAAACAGAAACACCGGAUCUGGGGAACAAUCCGAACUGUAACUGAAGAUUUUCCCAAGGAUUCAUUCUUCAAUUUCUUUACUCCUCAUGGAAUCAGCUCAAAUGGAAAGGAUGGAAAUGAAGAUUUUUUACUUGGUCACAAUUUACGUACUUACAUAAUACCAAGAUCAGUGUUGUUUUUCUCGGGUGAUGCACUUGAAUCUCAGCAAGAGGGGGUAGUUAGGGAAGUUAAUGAUGCAAUUUAUGACAAAAUUAUUUAUGAUAAUUGGAUGGCUGCAAUUGAGGAGGUUAAAGCUUGUUGCAAAAAUCUUCAGAGAAUAGUAGAAGAUGUUGAUCGCUAAAGCAAAGUGUACUUGGUCCUGACAUUAACUGCCAUAGAUCUAGUGACUCAAGAUAUAAGAAGUUAGAGUCUUGUGUUCUGAAUUUUUUCUUGUAGUGUCAUUUAAAACAUAGGUCUCAGAAAUAUGAGAAAUUUAAAUACUAAUUAAUGUGACCCUGUGUUUUAGUAGUAGAAUGUUUUCAAGAAAUAUAAACUGUGGUAGAUGAUUUAAAAUAGCUAUAUAGUGUUAUGUAGGUUAAUCCCUCUAAAGCCCUUUUAACAUGUAGCUAUUAAUCUCUGGCCAUUAAUACUAUCAGAACUGCUACAUGAGACCAACAUUUAUCUGGGAAGAAAAUCUUGGAGAACCAACCCAAGGCUUUUUGCAGCUGUUUGUUUUUUAUAUUUGUGUGGUCCUAGUCCUUUAUCUAGCGGGUUUAUUCUGUUGUAACUGCUUCAUUUUGCAACAAAAAUACAGUAGAAUUUAAAACUUGAAUGCUUAGGAAGCCUGCAUAUGGUUAAAGUUUUCAGAAGAAAACACAUUUAUUAUUAAUAACAAUUUAUCCGUAGGCUCUUGUAUUUUAUGUGACCAUGAUAGAUAAUCAAACUUAGUUAUACUGAGGUUAUUGUUUAUCAGUGAAGUGUUAAUCACAGUGCUUUCAAAAGAUUGCCAAAAAAAUUUUUAAAAAGACUGCCACAUGUUGUUCUGUGUAAUUCUGUAAAUGUAAUUUACAUAAUAUAAAUUAUGUAAUUUCUCUUCCUAUAGUACACUUAAUCAUUCAUUGGAACUAAUAACAUUACCAUUUUGAAAAGUUUUCAUGUUCUUUCACUGUGAAAUAAAAAAAAAUAAAAACUUCA